AUGCACACUGAGAACCUCGAGCCAGGAACCGUCCUCAUCGUGGGUGGCGGUCCUGUCGGCCUCAUCACGGCCACAACGCUAGCCAAGUACGGCGUGCGCAGUGUGAUCCUCGAGCGUAAUUUGACGACCACAAAAUGGCCUAAAAUGGACCUGACCAAUGCUCGCUCGGUGGAAAUCUACCAGGCUCUAGGCAUUGCAGAAGAGCUGCGAAAAGUUGCUGUGCCGGGCCACUACCCCUUCACAUGUCUCUUUUCCAGCGGGCUGCAUGCCGAGAAAGCGAUCACUGCGUGGAAUCUGCCAAGUCCGGAUGAGUAUCAGAGAAGGAGUAGGGAGAAAAACGAUGGAAGCAUGCCUUCGGAACCGUGGCUACGUGUUUCCCAGGAGAUCUUUGAGGCGUGGCUCAAGGGUCUGGGGAUGGAAAACCCGCUCAUCGAUUUCCGUGCUAAAUGGGAGGUGACCAGCGCGCAUGAAUUCGACUCGGGCGCGCAGGUAAAUGCUAUUCAUCCCGAGACGAAAGAAGAGUGGUGCAUCAACGCGGACUUUGCAGUGGGAUGUGACGGUGCUCACAGUGCUAUACGCAAGAGCCUAGAUAUUCCCUUGGAAGGAGGCCCGAUUCACGGAUAUGCAGUUCUUAUUCAUUUCAAGUCCACAGAUCUCACGCGUAUCCAAAAGCAAGGUCAAUUUUGGCACUUGUUCUUCCCCAAUGCUGCCAGUGAUGGUGGGUCCAUCAAGGGAGCCGUCAUUGCGCAGGACGAAGUCGACACUUGGACCAUUCACCGUUUCAUGAAACCCGACGUGGACCACACGCAACUUUCCUCGGAGGAUAUCGUCUACGACCUUCUGGGUGGAAUGAGUGGCCGACCUUUCCCAAUCCAAAUCGAUGAGGUCCUUGUUCGCUCAACAUGGACCCCAAGUGUUGCACUUGCGCGUUCUUACGCAGGGUCCAAGGCGAAAAUCUUCAUCGCGGGAGAUGCCUGCCAUCAAACCGUGCCCACGGGUGGGUAUGGAAUGAAUACCGGUAUCGCGGAUGGCUACGAUAUCGGCUGGAAGCUGGCGGCCGUCAUACAAGGGUGGGCGGGGCCCGCGGCACUUCUAUCUUACGAGCAAGAGCGCCGACCAGUGGGUGAAUUGGCGCUCCAGUGGUCGAAAGUCCACAUGGGCAACCUGAUGAAGAUGUCUGCCGAGCUGGGCCUCGACGCCAAUGUGAUCGACUCUGAUGUUGAGGCCGGCGUUCAAAUGCGAACAGCCAUGCACGAGUACCUGCAAACACACGAUGGCCAUAACCAAAGUGUUGGUGUGGAGAUGGGAUAUCGCUACUCUUCCAAUCUGUGUGUCGCUGGUCCACUCGAUGCCGUGCUUUCGCCGCCAGAGUUCCAUCCCAGAAAGUACACACCAAGCACGAUGCCGGGUUACAGAGCUCCUCAUGUGUAUUUGACGACGGGAAAGGCUAUCUCGCACUUAUUUGGUGACGGAUUCACACUUGUUGCGUUUCCAGAAAGUGAGGAACUAGCCACAUCGAUCGAGUAUUUCAAUAUCUCAGCUUCGACGAGAAAGGUACCCCUCGAAGUUGUUCAGCUACCAGGGGAGGUACACGCCCACAAGGUCUGGGGCGCCCCGCUCACUCUUGUCAGACCCGACGGGUUUGUCUCCUGGCAUGGUGACAAGGUGAGUAACCAGCAAGAAGCCGAUCGUAUCGUGGCUCAGGCGAGCGGUUCUCUUUCUGACUCCCCGAAUGACUGUGAGGAAUCGCAAGAAAGCAGUGUGUUGUAG